GGGCGGCUCGGCGCGAUCGCGCCCCCGGCACUUCCUGAGCGACUCCCGGCUCCUGCUCUGCAGCUGCCACCUGCAGACUCCACGCCUCCCCUCCAGAGGAAGAAGCCGUCAUCUACACUGGCUGUCUUCUCCACUCCGUCGUCUCUCUCUGCCAGCCGCCACCCCUACCCCUUCUAUUGUGUUGUCCUUGCAGUUUAGCCCCCUUCCUGCGUCGAAGCCUCAUCUCACUUGUAGCAAGGGGACUUGCUUGAGUUACAAUGGAGCUGUACGGAAAGAUGGCCUCUACCCAAGAUGCCAGAUAUGGCCAGAAAGACUCCUCUGAUCAGAAUUUCGACUACAUGUUCAAAUUGCUCAUCAUUGGCAACAGCAGUGUGGGGAAAACAUCUUUUCUGUUCCGUUAUGCGGAUGACUCCUUUACAUCUGCAUUUGUCAGCACAGUUGGCAUCGAUUUUAAAGUAAAAACUGUAUUCAAAAAUGAAAAGAGAAUCAAACUUCAGAUUUGGGAUACAGCAGGCCAGGAAAGAUACAGGACUAUCACCACAGCCUAUUAUCGUGGGGCCAUGGGCUUUAUUUUAAUGUACGACAUCACAAAUGAAGAAUCCUUCAAUGCAGUACAAGACUGGUCAACUCAAAUCAAAACAUACUCUUGGGAUAAUGCCCAGGUUAUUCUGGUUGGAAACAAGUGUGACAUGGAAGAUGAGCGUGUCAUCUCAACCGAGAGAGGCCAGCGUUUAGGAGAACAGCUUGGGUUUGAGUUUUUUGAAGCAAGUGCCAAGGAUAACAUUAAUGUCAAGCAGACCUUUGAGCGCCUUGUGGAUAUCAUCUGUGACAAAAUGUCAGAGAGCUUGGAGACAGACCCGGCCGUCACUGCCGCAAAGCAGAACACGAGACUCAAGGAAACCCCUCCUCCACCGCAGUCCACCUGUGGCUGUUAAUGUCCCCCUCCCCUCCACACACACAUAGGCAGCUCCAAGGGGCUCCAGUUGCCAACAAACAGCGUUUAUAAAUGGUCUGUUAGCCUUCAUUUAUACUGCCUAAUAAUUAUUUGAAGGAAGUCUUUGAUGUCAAUGGCCCGUACAUGCAUUCAAAUCUUGGGAGGUUUCCUGUGUUAAUAUGUGGCAAAUAUGUGAUCUUAAAUUUGUAAGGACUAUUCAUCUAUAAACAUCUGGUACUUGCAUGUGACUUGUUAUUUAUUUGUCUUCUAGGCGCUCUUUAUUUAUAUAUUUCUUUUUCAAAUUUCUUCACAGUUAAGCUACUGCUGGGGCAUCACACUGUAAUUUCACUACAGCUAACUUUUGUGCCAUGGAUUCAAAUUAUGUUCUUCAGUUGUCGAGAUGGAUGCAAAGGAAUUGCUUGUGUAUACAACAAAGAGAGAAUAUGGAAAAUGCCAGGAUAUUUCAUUUUCUUUACUCUUAACUGAAAAUCACAUGAAAAUUUUGCUCUUGAUUAGUGACGCUCUCAUGGGUUUAGUCAGUUUUCCUUGAGGAAAUCUAUUUUUCACUGUAACUAAUAACCAAGGAGACCACUGACUAUAAAGAAAUGGAAAUGUUGUCUUUGAAUAUAAUAAUUGAUUAGAACUAGAUGGAAACAGUACUUAGUUCACAUUUUAAAUAAGCAAAUACCCUACCCCCAAGACCACUCUUUCUCCUGAUUGUACCCAAUUCUUGAAAUAUCUGAGAGCAUUGAACAGACUGAGAUGUAGCUACUGAAUGCCAGUUAUGCAACAAGCACUUUAACCAAGAAUAUAACUGACGGAUCCCAAGGCCUGAACUCCCCUUUUUCUUAAUGACUUGCUACCCCCAUAUAAUGCACACAGCACCAUUGCCAUCACUUUCUGAAACCAUUCACCAACUCUUGGAGUAAAAGUUAGGUUGAAAAGCAUGAGAGCUCCUCUUCCCAUAGUAUUUAGACUUACUUCCCCAGCCAUUGACUUCUGCUCCAAUUCCAGCUAAGUUCUGCUUAAUUAGGAGAUAUUCAAAUACUAGCUCAGUGAGUCCUAAGUUAAAGAAAAGACAAUUUUCAUCUUUAAUAUUUUUCAACUGAGAUGUUCAUAGUUCUUUAAAAAUAUUCCCACUUAGGUAUGUCUCUAAACAUGUUUAAGUUACACAGAAAGCACUUUGUAGCUGAGAGUGAAAGAAACAUUGAGAAUCCACAGCAAUUUCAGAAAGAGAGGUAACCAUUUAAACAUUAUCUCAGACUUCCUGAAGACUAUAUGAAUAGCGAGUAAGCAACCAAUCCUACCAGUUUUGCUAAACACUAGAGGGAAACUUGGAGUUGGUGUCACCACUGUGUAGUACUAUUCAUGGGUAGGAUUUUGAGAAACAUCAAGCACAAAUGUUUGGCACGUAAGAAAGGACACUCCUAUUAGAUGGACAUUCCCCUUUGUGGUGGUUGUGUUGAAGAUUUUUUUCCUCUUUUCAAAAAUAGAGAAAGUUCUUGUGAAAGUAUUGGGUACAAGUUUAUUGAGCAAGGAUAUUGAAAGGAAAAUAUUCAUACAUAUAAGAAUGUCUCUGGAGAGUAAAUCCCUACAAGUCAGGGAAUUAAGUCACACAUAGUGUUAGCGCAAAGAUGAAAUUGGAAGAGAGAGAACUUGGGAGGUUUUUAGCAUAUUCAUGUAAUUUCUCACCUUCUUAGUUUAAGAUCUGCUAAUUGAUGGUAAAUUUACACUUUGGCGCCCUAUGAGACAAGUCUUAGCUUAGUAAAGAUAAGAAAGCAUUAAUGUUUUAUGAGGUUUUGAUAUGGCAACUAGCUUCAAAAUCACAGAAAUUCAAGAGAAAGGAAAGAAGUGGGGAGGGGACUCACAAAAACAGGUCUGUGAUAGUAGCCUGUUUGCAUGACAUUGUCAUAAUCUAAAACCUGGGCCAGAAUGUAGCCAUGUUAAAUGGCAAAGCUAAAGUUCACUUUCACAGUCUAACAUGGAGCAGUAACCUCAGAAAAUCCUUCCCAUCCUCCAUCACUGUCCCCAUCUCACACGUGCAUAUAGAUCAGAAUGCUAACUGGGAUAUUUCAGAUGGUAUUUGCAGAAGGACCUUAAUAUGUGUAUUGUUGGCAAGAAAAAAAUGAGACAGAGUAUAAAAGUGAAAGGAAAGAGCUGGUUUUCGCUCUCUUGAAAACCCCUCCCUAUUGAAAUUAAGUGGCUUUUAGAGCACGGGGUCUUAGCCAAAUGCCCACUUACACAGUGUCAAGCAUCCCAAAGUUGAACCACCGUAUGCCAGUCAGGAAAGAAUGAUGAAGCAAUAGCCUGCCUACAUUGCCAAGGAAUAUUUAAGACUUCUUAUUUUCCUAGCCCCAAUACAAGUGGAGUAUUCCUAAAUUGAUUAUCAGGUCUGAAACUCUCACCUUGCGUGAAUUUCAUUCUGAAUACUUCCAGAUGGUUGUCACAGAGCUCAAGAGAAGGAACACCUAUGUUUCUGUUGCAAAGUACAUGGAAGGAGAGACUAUUCUGUAGUCCUCAUCUCUUCAAGGGAACCUGGUUUUACUCAAAUAUGGGAAAUGAAGGAACCAGCCUGGGGUUAACUGAGUAUGCUUCUUCAAGCUAUGUUACUUAUAAUUUACAGCACUAUGAUUUCAAGCUUUUUCAACCUCUUGGCCACUACACACACACACACACACACAUAAACACACACUGCACCUCCAUCUACCAACAGCCUAAAUAUCCACAGGUCAUUUUUACCAAUGGUCUAGCAAAUAUAUGUAAAAAAAAACAAGACAUAGUAAAAAAUGUAUAAUUAUGUUGAUUUGUAAUUCUUAGACACCAUCUCUAGUUGUCGUUGAUGCAAUUAAACUAGUGUGCCAAAUAUGAAUUUCUCUUCCUCUGCUACUCAUCACCAGGCCAGUUUCCCCCCUCCAAAUACUUUCAGGAGUGAAUCUCUGAGUGUUCCAUGCAGGUGCGUCCAAGGGCUUUGGUGCUGGUGCAUUCCUUUAUUUUCCCAAUGCAAUUGAAAAAAUUGGACUGAAAAUUAUUUCUUCUCAAUAGCUGUCCUCAGAAUGAAUCAGCUUUUCAGCUUUUUGGUAUGUGAAUGGAUAUAGAAGGUGCAUGAAGUGUCGUAAGUCCUAAGAUGUGCAGUUUAAACAUUAAUAUCCCAUCUAUAGGCUCAUAAGAAGAAUUGCAUCAGGACAAUGAAUCAGUUCAUUGCUCUUGCCAUCUAAUGAACAGCUUCUACUGCCUUGAUGAAAUUCUCAUGACUAUGAGAACUGGGAGGUUCUUACAACUUUCCAGAGUUGCUUGAAGUCAGUAUCCUUUUGCUGCCCAGUAAGUAAGUGCUAAAAUUUUUAUUUGGGGAGGGAACCAUAAUGAUGCCUUGGUUGUAGAAAAGCUAAAACAUUGAGAUGAUAAAUGUGAAAUCAUAAAUUCCACAUAAGUAAAACUCAAAUUAUAAAGGACAUCGAUAUACUCAAUAAACAAAAUAUUUUACCUGCUGAACUCUCAACCCACAUGAAUUACAAACCUUUUGUUUUAAGCACAUUGAUUAUUUUUCAGAAAUCUAUUCUAAUUUUAACUACAAUUAUGCUAACAAUAGACUUGUGGGUAUACGGUAUUCUUUUUUAAAAUUAAAAUACAUUAUUUUGUUAACUAAACUCCCAUAAGGUAGCAUUAAUUUUGGACUGUGCUAAUCCAUAAUGAGUGGUCCAUGUGACGUGUCCUAACCAGCAGGCAUCCUUUCAGUUAGCCACAUGGCAUCUGUGAGACUAUUAAACAAAUAUGCACACUCCACCAGCUAUAAAAAGAUGAGGUAGCAGCUGCAUGUGAAAAACUGUGUUCCAAAAACCUCUUAAGCCAAAAAGUUACUCAGUGUUUGUUAAUAACCUUCAUAGUAUUAUCAAAUACGCAGUUUUGGUGCAGCCUGCAUGCAAGCUGGCCUGUCUGAUUCAAGAACCCUUUCUUUCUAAAACAGUUGCAUGUUUGGACCCUGAAACUUCCUUAGCAGGCACACUCGCCCAGCAACUCUGUGGCCUUUCUAAUCACUCCCUAGAAAACGCAGUCUCCGCAGCUAUGCUGGUUGGUGAAUAUUCCCUACACUGGUUUGCUCACAAAACGGAGUCUGAUGUACUAAACCUCUUGGUGUUAAGGUCAACUUCUUCGGAAUUCUUUAUAUUUUAGGUGAAUUUUUGACAAAUUUUUAUUUUUAAAGACAUAAAUCUGUUUUAUACCCUAUAAUUAGUUUGGACAAAUUGGGUAAAAGAGAAAUCUAUAGCCAGAAGAAAAGCAAAAACUGAAGCAUCUUUACUCAUACACUGACUGUAAAGGGCUCCAGGUUCUAGUCACAGUCACACAGUAGGCCCUACGUCAGCCACAACAGGUGUCAGGGGAAAGAUUUAUCUAAAAUGUAUCUACCUAUUGUUAUUGGGAUUUCAUAAAUAAAUAUAUUUUUCUUAAAAACAUUUAUAAAAUGCAUGGUACUGCAGUCAAAUAAUAUUUCCCUUUGGUAGAUUGAAGUAAAUACUUACUCUUGAGCAACGCACAUAGUCCUGCCCCUUCUGACACACACUCGCAAACACUGAUACUUUUUUGUAGGUUGGAGGAAAUUUUAUUAAUGGGGGGCUUUCUUGGUUCUUGGGAAAAGGAGCUUUUGCUAUGUGCCAGCUAUAACUCACAUCUUGUUUUUAAAGGCCCAUAAAAUAGGUUCUUCACGCUGAUUUGAUUGGAUUAGUCUAUGUGUCUGUUCACAUAAUUAAUUCCCAUUAAAAGAGAGGAUGGGGGAAAAUGCAGUUUGCAAACAUUCUAGAAAACAUAAGUGAAUUAUUACAAAACCUCAAUCCUAGCUCAAGUGCUUAGAUCAGACCAUCUAUCCAGUGGACCUUCAGGCCUUCCUAUUUGCUUUUCUCCAUUCUGCCUUCUAAUUUUGCAUCAUUUAAGACUUUUAAAACACUAUCCUCAUAGAAAAACAGGAUCAGGAGAAGGGCAUGAGACUCAAGUUUUACCAUUUAUCUCCCAUCAGCAACUAUCACUGGUGCAGUUUCAACCAGUUAUUACUUACUGAGAUGAGGUUGGGGGUUACCUGUGUAAUUCAUUCACCUGUAUUCAUACUUUCCUUCAUCAUGGACAAUGAAGAGUUGGCACUGACUUUAAUUCUUAAUGGAAGUAUUUCUGUAUUCAUGUUGUUUGGGCUGGGGAUGACUUAGGUUCAUGAAUGCUGUUCUUGCAGACACAGAUGGUACACCUGGCCUUUCAGGGAUGUGAGCAUGACCUGUAUCUGUCUAGUGGUUCCAUACUCCUUGUAAACAUGAAGUCUGGGGGGUCAUCAUUUGCUUUAGACGUAUGAUGGUUUUCCAUGCAUUGUUUCCUCAUCCCUAGGUUACGUGCCGAAUGCACUGUCCUGUAAUUCCUGUUAAUAUAUUGUUAAUGUCAGACGUGAUGUGAUACCGUUGGACUGUCCAGUUGUACAACUAUUUAAUGGUAUUUGUAGAACUGAAAUGUCUUAAAUGUUGCAUGAAAUAUGUUAUAAAAAUAUAUUUGUUUUCUAUUUUUCAACACCUCAGAAUUGAGGGUUCAUGGGCCAAUAAGUGCAAUAUUUAAUGACUUACUCAGUGUAUAUAAACUAGUGUGAAAGAGUGAAUUAUAAUGAAUGUGCAAGAUGCUUUGAUGGCUGUAUGACUUAUUCAAAUAAUUUCUUGUAGCAGUAUUUGUCUAGUGGUGCAAUUUAUACAGUAAAUAUCUUAUUGGUGUCAUGUGAAAUUCCUCUGUGCCUACUUCAAAGUACUUUUUCCUACAAGACCAAAUGUUUAGUAUCUGCAAAUACAUGUCAAUUUUACCUUUUAGGAUUAUGGAUUUUAUUUUCAAAACAAGGUGACUGUUGUCUUGUUUUAUAAAAGCAUUCCCUGCUACAAUUUGGAAUUUUCCUUAGGCGUCUUAUGUGAUUGUACAUUUUACUUCCAAGGAACUAAUAUGGGGGCCUAAGGGAAAAAAUGUGAAUAAAAAAAGCCACUUGUUUUAUUCUCAAAAAAAUUGAUCACACAUUCUGUAUACUAAAAAUCUUCACUCUUGUAUUUAUAUGUAAAUUUUAUUGUUACUCAACCUUGUCUUUUAUUUGGAAAUUUAACAUUGCCAACCCUGGGAACCCUAAAAUAUCAGUGUCUUUUGUGGUUCAGGCUUACAUUAUAUUCACUUUCAAUUCUCAACUGUCCACACUGGUGAUGUAGAAGAAACAAAAGUCAGAGUCCUUAAAUCACUUUGAAAUGGCAUCAUAAACUCAUCCAUUCAUCCUCCAACCCCCUUGGUUCACCCCACCAUUACUGGCCUGGAACUUCACUGAGAUGCAAAAUCAAAACUUCGGGCCUAGUUGCUGGCUUGUCAAAAGCUACAGGUGUUUAUGACGUUUGAGGGAAGUCAACCACCUUAAAUGCCUUUUUGACAUUUCAGUUUUUAAGGUAAAGCCUCAUUUUAACAUGAUUUGCCUUUUUGUUUUGUUAGCAGAGUAAGCCAUGACACCUUUAGGAAGAAAAAUAAGUUCAAACUUAUUCACUGAAAAUGAUGGAGGGCAGUGGUCAUCUGCCCAUCACAUAAAGCCUUCAGUUCUUUCUAUAGCAUUUGGCCAGAAAUUGACAUGUGAGGGUGUGCCAAUCAUAUUAAAUGGCACUGGGCUAUGUGGGCAAUUUGUGACCCAUACUGAACUGUGAUAGACUGAAACUUGUACUAUGCUCUCAAAACCCACUGAAGAAGUCAAUGGAGGUGGGUAACAUAGAGAUUAGUGAUGACUUUGUGCCAAAUUUUUUAAAAAGAAAAAUUGAAGCAAGUGGCUAAUAUGAGAAGGAUAAUUGAAGAGAAUGGUUAAAUGUCUAGUUAGUUGUCACAUAGUUACUGGACACCAAGCGCUCAGUCCUGUGGGACUCAAACAUGGAAGUGUGGUGCCUACUCCUAAGGGGAAUGAGGAAGAAAUGCCAGAUGGAAUCUGAAUACUAAGUUAUGUUGGGAUGUAGGAGCACAGAGAAUGGGUGACCUGCCCUGAUGAAGGUCAGACAUGACCUUGUACCAUGCAAGUCAGUGGGCAAGGCCACAGCAUGCUCCCUGUGAAUGGAAGAGGGCCAGCGCUGGCAUCUCCAUAUGAUUGCUUUCCUCAAAACAGCCAAGCUGGGCCUCAGACACCUCUCUAAUUACUCUCAUUUAGCUCCCCACGUUUUGGUUUCCAUGAGGAAGACAAGCUGCUGCAUCAGCAUAUUUCUCCAUGCAUAGCAGCCUCACUCAGUCACAAAAUGCAAAUUUCACUAAAGCCGCAUUAGGGCGGUUACUGUAGACAUUGACCACUGCACUAAGCCACAAGAUGUUGUCUGAUCUCGUGUCACCAAGGCAGAUGUGUACCCAGAGAUGCUCUGUAGCUCCCUGUUUCCACAAAGGGCACUGGGACACGAAUACACAGAAGAAGACUUCCCUCUGUACCUGGCACUUUUAUCUCUUUCUCAGUGGAGCUCUUCUUUCGAAAAUACUGAAAACAGCUUACUGCUUUCGUAUAGUGAUUGAUUGUGACAUUUAGUUGAAAACUGAUGCAUAGCAAAUUUGUGACUCUUCAUGUGUCCACAGGAGCUCUUGUCCGGGUUUAAAGCUAUGAAAUGUAUUCACAUUGUGAAGUUUUAAUUAUCUUUAUUGAAACUAAUUGUGUAAAAAUGUUAUGUGCUCUAUUAGGUAUUCAGUUUGUAUGUGAAUUCUGUAUGGAAAGUGGUUUCUUGUUCUUUGACUUUAUCUUGUUUUAUUUUUUGAAAAUUACAAUAAAUAUCUAAGAGGCUAUAUUCCUGAA